AGCCAGAUCUGAUCUGCGGGAGAUUGCGCCUCCUCCCUUUUCGUCCGCGGGUGUUGUGUCGUUCGAGCCUUACACCCGACCAAUUGCGCCAAAAAGGUCCCGAGGUUGCGUGUGCGUUCCUUCCAUAGUCGUCGGACAUUCCAGCGUUGUAAAAGGAGUCCCAGGGAAGCCUUCCGACGUUCCGAGACGAACCGCCGGGCCAAGCACACGACCACCAACAUGUUCUUCAUCAGCGCCAUUGUGAAGAACAUCGCACCUGUCUUUAUCGCGACGAGUCCGAUUACCAGCUAUGGCGACCAAAUCUACAGCAUGCACCGAGCCCGCAGCUCCGCCGGCUUCUCCCUCGACAUUCCGCUCAUCAUGCUCGUCGCCAGCAUCCUGAAAGUCUACUACUGGUUCGGCGCCCACUUCAGCACCUCGCUGCUGGUCCAAGCACUGCUCAUGAUCUGCGUCCACCUACUCCUCCUCCACGUCGCGCUCACGAACCGACCGCCGCCCUCGCAUCUCCCUUUCCAGCACAAGGAUGUUUCGAACCGACCAUAUGAUUUCUGGCAGUGGAGGGCGCCAAGGCCGUAUUGGACCUUCAUUACAUACUUUACUGGGGUGCUGUUGGUGCUGCAUUUGCUUAUGUCAUCCACGAGCGUAUUUGUGCCGUACACCGAUCUGCUGGGCAUGGUUGCCUUGACAAUCGAGGCUACGCUUCCGAUUCCGCAGCUCCUGGCCAAUUACCAGAGACGUGGAUGCAAAGGAUUCAGGCCUAGUGUCAUCGUAAAUUGGGUCAUCGGUGAUACGUUCAAGAUGUGGUUCUUCUUUGCCAGUAGCAGUGGUGAGGUACCUUGGGCCUUCAAGGCAUGCGGUAUCUUUCAGGCAUGCUGCGACUUGGGACUUGCAGCGCAGUACUUGAUCUGGGGCGACGGGCCGCCUGGCGUGGAGGGACUGGGUAGGGAGAAGGAGAUAAGAAGUCCGAUCCCGCCUGAGGAGGGGUGGAACGCUGAGAAGUUAGGACAGACGAGUGUGGCGGGCGGUAUCGAGAUGAGUGAUGGUCAGGCGUGGGAGAGACCGAGGGCUGCGUAGACCAACCGGAUCAGAGAAGUGCAACGAAGACGAAGGAAGAUGUCAUGAAGGAGACGUUAAUGUACACAGACAUAUUGUAUGUCGGAAUAAUAUGAUUACCAGAGAUAUCUACGACAAUACCAAUGCGUGAGUCCACGGGGCCAAGACCACUCAAACACGAUGACAAUCGACCCAUGACCAUAUCGUCUGACUUCGCGCGGUUGGCUGACACUGGA